UUGAGGGCCGAGCCGCGAGUCCGGCAGUCGUGUCCGUGCCGUCGCAUCCUGGAGUCCGCCUCGUCGCCGCCACCCCGGCCCAAGCUCGUCCUCGUUUCCGAAGCUCUCGCGCGCCCGACCGCUCGGCUCUCGCCCCGCGACCAGCAUCAUGUGCGGAAUAUUUGCCUAUUUAAAUUACCAUGUUCCCCGAACAAGACGAGAAAUCUUGGAGACCCUAAUCAAAGGCCUUCAGAGACUGGAAUACAGAGGAUAUGAUUCUGCUGGAGUGGGACUCGAUGGAGGUAAUGACAAAGACUGGGAAGCGAAUGCCUGCAAAAUUCAGCUCAUUAAGAAGAAAGGAAAAGUUAAGGCACUGGAUGAAGAAGUUCACAAACAACAAGAUAUGGACUUGGAUAUAGAAUUUGAUGUACAUCUUGGAAUAGCUCAUACCCGUUGGGCAACGCAUGGAGAACCUAGUCCUGUCAAUAGUCACCCCCAACGCUCUGAUAAAAAUAAUGAAUUUAUUGUUAUUCAUAAUGGAAUCAUCACCAACUACAAAGACUUGAAAAAGUUUUUGGAAAGCAAAGGCUAUGACUUUGAAUCUGAAACAGACACAGAAACCAUUGCCAAGCUUGUCAAAUACAUGUAUGAUAACUGGGAAAGUCAGGACGUCAGUUUUACUACCUUGGUGGAGAGAGUUAUCCAACAACUGGAAGGUGCUUUUGCACUUGUGUUUAAAAGUGUUCAUUUUCCUGGGCAAGCAGUUGGCACAAGGCGAGGUAGUCCCCUCUUGAUUGGUGUGCGGAGUGAACAUAAGCUUUCCACAGAUCACAUUCCAAUUCUCUACAGAACAGGCAAAGACAAGAAAGGAAGCUGCAAUCUUUCCCGUGUGGACAGCACAACAUGUCUUUUCCCUGUUGAGGAAAAGGCAGUUGAAUAUUACUUUGCUUCUGAUGCAAGUGCUGUGAUAGAGCACACCAACCGUGUCAUCUUCCUGGAAGAUGACGAUGUUGCAGCAGUGGUGGAUGGUCGUCUUUCUAUCCAUCGGAUUAAGCGAACUGCAGGAGACCAUCCUGGUCGAGCUGUGCAAACCCUCCAGAUGGAACUCCAGCAGAUCAUGAAGGGCAACUUUAGUUCAUUUAUGCAGAAAGAAAUUUUUGAGCAGCCAGAGUCUGUUGUGAACACAAUGAGAGGAAGAGUCAAUUUUGAUGACUACACUGUGAAUUUGGGAGGUUUGAAAGAUCACAUUAAGGAGAUCCAGCGGUGUCGGCGGUUGAUUCUAAUUGCUUGUGGCACAAGUUACCAUGCUGGUGUGGCAACCCGUCAGGUUCUAGAGGAGCUGACAGAGUUGCCGGUAAUGGUGGAGCUCGCUAGUGACUUCUUGGAUAGAAACACUCCAGUCUUUCGAGAUGAUGUUUGCUUUUUCAUUAGUCAAUCAGGUGAGACAGCUGACACCCUGAUGGCUCUUCGGUACUGUAAGGAGAGAGGAGCCCUAACUGUGGGCAUCACAAAUACAGUUGGCAGUUCUAUAUCAAGGGAGACAGAUUGUGGGGUUCAUAUCAAUGCUGGUCCUGAGGUUGGCGUGGCCAGUACAAAGGCUUACACCAGCCAGUUUGUUUCCCUUGUGAUGUUUGCCCUCAUGAUGUGUGAUGACAGGAUCUCCAUGCAAGAAAGGCGUAAAGAGAUCAUGCUUGGAUUGAAGCGGCUGCCAGACUUGAUUAAGGAAGUGCUGAGCAUGGAUGAUGAAAUUCAGAAGCUGGCAACAGAACUGUACCACCAGAAGUCAGUUCUGAUAAUGGGACGAGGCUAUCAUUAUGCUACGUGUCUUGAAGGAGCCCUGAAAAUCAAGGAAAUUACUUACAUGCACUCUGAAGGCAUCCUUGCUGGUGAGCUGAAGCACGGCCCUCUGGCCUUGGUGGACAAGCUGAUGCCUGUCAUCAUGAUCAUCAUGCGAGACCACACUUACGCCAAGUGUCAGAACGCGCUACAGCAAGUGGUUGCACGGCAGGGGCGCCCAGUCGUGAUCUGUGAUAAGGAGGAUACCGAGACCAUUAAGAACACAAAAAGGACAAUCAAGGUGCCCCACUCAGUGGACUGCUUGCAGGGCAUUCUCAGUGUGAUCCCCUUGCAGCUGCUGGCUUUCCAUCUGGCUGUGCUGAGAGGCUACGAUGUUGAUUUCCCACGGAAUCUUGCCAAAUCUGUAACUGUAGAAUAAAAGGCACCUGAAACUUAUGACAGUUAAGCAACAUGAGACACCUUUUGUAUUUAAAUUUUUGAUUUAAACUGUUGCCUCCUGAAAGCCUUUUUUAGUAAAUUCUUAUUUAUAUAUCAGUUAUAAUUAUCCCUCUCAAUUAAUGGUUUUGUGCAAUUGCCUCAUUUUCAAUAAUACCUGGGGGCGUUUGAUUAAUAGAAUUUAAAUUGAACCUGAAAUCAAAGAGAUUCUAGCUGUAGUGUUGUAUAAAGAACUGGAUAAUGAAUUUCUGUGUCCUCCACUUCAAUCAUGGAGGUUUGUAGAGUUUUUGAGAUGAUUGUUGUUUUUCCAUGCCUUGAUUCAAUCAGACUGAUAAAAGACCAGUGCAUUUCAUUGGAAUACUCAAAGUCAAAAGCCAGUGUGUGCUAGUACCUGCUGAAGGCUUUGCUAUAUUAUUUAUAAGUUGAAGAUGCUGUGGUUUAUUUUGAAGCUUGUCUAUAUUUUGUUUGUAAAUCAAACUGUUCACCUAAAAAAACCUAAGUUCAGUUAAAUUAGUCUAAACCUGGCUGUCAUCUCUAGGUAGAGGAGCAUGGGGGCAGUGUGCGAUACAUUGUGUCCUCCACGCUCGAAUAAAGCACCAUGUGGAGAUGUGUAGCGCUGAUCUGAACUACUUUAGACCCCGACAGUGUGGCUGGGCGUUUAAAUAUAGGACCUGGGCAUCCGACUCCUUGUUUCUUUGCCUCCUCAGAGUGGUUUGCAUUGCCUUGAAACUGUAGAGCUUAAUUUAAAAAAAAAUAUUGUUGAAUGACACCCUUUGUCUCCUUUGACAUCACAGCAGAGUUGCUACCAAGCAUCUCCGAUUGGUAUUGGCAUGUUCAGUUCUCUCUUCAGCUUUGUCCCAAGUCCCUUCCCUACCUUGCUGCAGAAAGCAUCCUCUUGUGGCAGUUUGGAGGUUCUUUUUGAUAACUUGUGAGAUUUGCACUGGUCGUUUGAUCUUCAGUGUAUGAGGCUUAGACCUUCACAUACUUUCCACUGUGGUGUGACAUGAUUUAGGGUUGCUUUCUAGAUGUUUUCCUUUGUAUUGUCUGGACUCCUGUUUAGGAAUGAAUGCAGUAUGAAGAAGUGAUAUUGGCGUGCCUUCAUGCUGAUAGUGUCAGAAAUGGAGGUUAACAAUUGGGAUAAAGUAUUUAAAAUAGAACAUUAGUUUGACACCCUAAAAAUGUGUGGAAUAAUUUCUUCAUAGAAUUAUUUGGGUCAGAUCAUGUGGCUGUAGGAAGGUGGUUAUAUUCUGUUAGGUCCACUUCUUUCAAAAGCUUUCACCGUUAUUGUGGAAGUGCAGUAGUGGAGUUGGUAGCUCACUCUUUGUGUUUGAACUUGAUGUUAAGCAGUUCAUGCUAUGCCAGAAGUGUAGGCUUCUUGUGAAGGUGGGUUGAAGACAGAGUUUAUGUAACUUUGGAAGCUUUCACUUCCAUUGAUAGAGACUGGAAACCUGAUUUUUUAAAACGUAAGACAGGGCCACAGUUUCUACCCUGUGUAGCUGCUUUAGUUACGUUUGUCUGUUCUAAUUAUUUCCAAGAUUUCAUGUUUGUCUAGCAUGUGUAUCCUGUCAUUUCUUGUGUUUGGUAUAAUAGCAUGGCUACUCAUAGUUGUGUGCGUUUCGUUGUUGUUGUCUUUUUUCAUGUGUUGCUCUGGAGUACAGGGUGAUGUUGGUACACGGAGACAUUGUGAAAUGAUCACCACAGUAUUCUUAGGUCGUCCAUCACCUCGGUUACUAAUCCAGAGUUCUUUUGGAGCUGUUUUGAAUUAUACAGCUCAGUUUUACUAAUCACCCUCUAUGUAAUGGAAUAUCGGAACUUAAUUCUUCUGUCUGGCUCUGACUCUGAACCCAUUCACCAGUUUCCCUUCCAUACACACUCCAAACUAGGAUAAAUCCUAAAAACCAGUCAAAAGCCCAAAUGAAGACCAGAGUAGUAUUUUCUAAACAAAUAUUAUUCUCUUCCCUAUCCCAUUUUGCUUCCUACCCUGGUUAAUGUAGUGAUUUUAAAUUCUUUUAUUAAGUUAAUUCUUAACACCCUGAUAUUUUAGUGAGGCAAGCCACUGAGUGAGUGAAUGAGUUGGCCCAGUUAAAAUUGGUAUAAUAUAGGACAUGGAAAUCUAAUUUUUCAAAACAAAAUAUCCUGCAAAAGGGAGGCUUUCUAUAAAAGUUCUUUCUUGUAGUGUGUUUAAAGUUUAAGUUCACACAUACAUCCUUUCCUGGGAGCCCUUGCUAGGCAGGGAGGACUGUGGAGAACUCAGUUAAUGGUUACUUUGAAGUCAACUUUAAAAAAAAAAUCACCUACGCCAUAGGAGUGAAAAGGCUACAGAAAGUGCAGCACUCACCGGUAGUUUGUGCUGUCUGCAGCUGUGUCUGAACCCCUGCUGUGAGCGGCUGUGUGCUGGGCAGCAGAGCUGCAGAGCAGUUCUGACGUCCCUGGUGGAAGGGUGGAAAGAUGGAGCUGCCCUGAGCUGUUAGAUGCAGUGAAAGGGUUUAUUGACCUAAACAGCGCUGGCACUCUGGAGCGUGUCCGUAAGCUGCUGUCCCAGUCUGUCCACGAUACAUGCGUCUAUGGUAUGAUAAAGAGCCGCAGUUAAUAAUAGGCCGAGAUAAGCCACUGUGUCCCCGCUCCUCAGAGGGCGCUUCAGGUACUGUGCAGGAGGCUGUUAUUCUGUGUCCUGGGUGGUUUCUGAGGUAACAUGGCUGUCUCCCUUAGAAUCCAGGGCCCUUACCUGAGUAGUUGUGAGGAGGCAGGAAAGGAGCCUGUUCUUGGUCCCUGUAGUAUUCCUCUGAAAGUGGUCUUUGUCACUCUUUAGGGAAGGACACCAGCUGAACUUGAACACACACACUUUCAGUUUUUUUGGGGGGGCAGUCUUUUGUCUUUUUUUACGAUGAGGAUAUUCUACAGCAAUAAAAGAAACUAAGGUUACUGUUUAUUAUAUACUAUAACUGGUGUGAUUUUUCUAAAAAAUUUAAAAGCACAAUCUCAUUGGAAAGUGUUUAUUAAAAAAGAAUUCAUAAUUCACAUUGAAUUUAGGAAGGCCAAAGAAAUGGAAGGGAAUGGUAAAGACACUUUGGUUCAUGACAUCCACAUGUUUAGAGAGUUAUGUCUUCAAGAACACUAGCAGUGUUUUAAACUUGGAGAUGGAUUUCACAAGAUUCUGUUUACUCUCAAGUUUGAAAGUUUUAACAUAUAAGUUGGUCUUUCUCACUGUAUUUAAAGAUUGUUAAGUAUUUCAGUGUCUCCAUAGCUUGAUGAAUCGAAACACGUCCUCAGACCCAGGAUGGUGACAAAUAAUGAAGCUGGCAUUGGCUUUGAAUAGUGAUGUCCGUGCUCAAGCAAGACUGGAGCUGUGGUGUGUAACUAGCUUGAGAGUGAUGAGCUGUAAAAUACACCAGGACAGAAGGCUGAUGAGGAUGUCGUGGAAAUUCUCACAUUAUCUUGUUUUCUGUGCCAGUUUCCAGAGUGAGUGUAGUAGUGGUCUUGUUAACCUUUCAAUGUUCUCUGGGUGAAUGUGUUUUUCCAUGAAUAAAGUUUUGAUAUUUGUUAAAAUUAUACUUCUGUGGGACUGGGGGGUUACAAUAAUCAUUGCUCUGUUUUGAUUGUUUUCUUUUCAAUGAAUGUUUAGUUUUCUGAGCCAGAUGGUUAUUUCAUCCCUCAUGUCCUGUUAAAUCCCGUGACUACACCGGAACUGUGAAUAAAUUACCCAAAACCUU